AGAGAUGGGUUUUACUGAGUAAAGGGUUGCAGAAGAGGUGUUGCUACGGGAAAAGAGGAGGGUAGCUGUUGCACCAUGCGCAGCAGCCCCCAAACCUAGAAGAGGCGGGGGUUCCAUAGUUGAGAUGAGUAAGUGAGAGAAAUAGGGCAAAGACAGAACAAAGUAAUUUUCUAGGUAAUCAAUGAAUUAGCUAACGUGGCACUGUUUUAUUUGCUGACGGUAAAUAACUUGAGCUUAAAAAUCAAUUAUCUUUCUUAUAUACUAAAAGUUUUAUCAAAUAUCUCCACCGGUGGACUCACAUAAGAGAACUAUAAUAUGGAAAUUUUACAUUUAUACGAGAUAUUUAAUAAAAUUUUUAGAUUUCUAACCUUACCCAAUAAUGUUAGUUGGCUCUAGCAAACUGUUACAGGCCUGUUUCAGACUUUCAUUGCAGAGGGGAGAGAGAGAGAGAGAGAGAGAGAGAGGUGUUUUACAGCUCGUGAUGAAAGAGAGAAAGACGACACAAAGACAGAGAAAAAGGAGGAAAGAGAGAGGGUGUUUUGUCUUGAUUUGUGUUUGGGCUAAGAUUAGUCCAUAGCCUUGAAGAAAUCUUUUUGCCUCGUUGUCUCUGAUGAUGAAUGAGUUGUUGGGAAACCCUUGUCCUUUUGAUGGACUGACCGAAGUCUCUUCUUCUUCGCAAACUACAUUUUUCACUAUGACAUUUUCACUCUCAAUUUCUUCUAUUAAUUUGGGAUGACCACCUGAUCUUCUCUCCCUACUUUCCUUCAAAAUCAAAGACAAAACAUUCCUGAUUGAGAAGAUUCCAACACAAAAGAUUCAACUAUUCAUAGAAAUUAAGGAAUGAAUGGUGUUUCUGCCCAUGAACCAGAGUACUCUGAGUUUGUUGAAGUUGAUCCUACUGGAAGAUAUGGAAGGUACAGUGAAAUUCUUGGUAAAGGAGCUUCAAAGACAGUUUAUAGAGCUUUUGAUGAGUAUGAAGGGAUUGAAGUAGCCUGGAAUCAGGUAAGGCUUUAUGAUUUCCUGCAAAGGCCUGAAGAUCUUGAGAGGUUGUAUCGUGAAAUUCAUCUGCUCAAGACCUUAAAACACAACAACAUCAUGAAGUUCUACACUUCUUGGGUAGAUACUGCCAACAGGAACAUCAACUUUGUGACUGAGAUGUUCACCUCUGGCACUCUCAGACAGUAUAGGCUAAAACACAAGAGAGUUAACAUUAGAGCAGUGAAGCACUGGUGUAGACAGAUCUUGAAAGGCCUUCUCUAUCUCCAUAGCUGUGACCCCCCGAUAAUCCAUAGAGAUCUGAAGUGUGACAACAUUUUUAUCAAUGGGCACCAGGGGGAAGUCAAGAUUGGCGAUCUCGGCCUUGCUGCAAUCCUCCGUAAAUCCCAUGCAGCCCGCUGUGUUGGAACGCCAGAGUUCAUGGCACCGGAGGUUUAUGCUGAGGAAUACAAUGAAUUAGUUGAUAUAUAUUCAUUUGGGAUGUGCAUCUUGGAAAUGGUCACUUUUGAAUACCCAUAUAGUGAAUGCACUCACCCUGCUCAGAUCUACAAGAAAGUUAUCUCUGGCAAAAAACCAGAUGCCUUGUACAAAGUCAGGGACCCUGAGGUUCGACAAUUUGUUGAGAAAUGCUUGGCGACAGUGUCACGCAGGCUAUCUGCUAAGGAUCUUCUGACGGAUCCUUUUCUCCAAAUUGACGAGUUUGGAUCUGAUUUGAGGCCAAUAGGGUAUUACAAAGAUUUCAAUGAAGUAGGCCCUCUUUUAAGACAAUCUCUUUUAGGAAAUCAUCAUAGCUACAGCUCCUUAAUCAAUGGUUACUCCAAUUGUAAUGGGUAUGAACCUCAGAAUGACUUGGAUUACCAUCCAGUUGAGUUUGAACAAAAUGAAAUUGACUCCUUCACUAGUCAACAUGAUCUACAUUUGGCAAAUGUUGACAUAACCAUCAAUGGGAGGAGGAGAGAAGAUGAUGGCAUCUUUUUGAGGCUCAGAAUUGCAGAUAAAGAAGGCCUUUUUCGAAAUAUCUACUUCCAUUUUGACAUUGAGACGGACACAGCAUUAAGCGUUGCUACUGAAAUGGUAGCUGAGCUGGCUAUUUCUGACCAGGAUGUGACCAAGAUAGCAGAUAUGAUAGACGGUGAGAUUGCUUCUUUGGUACCCGAGUGGAAGAGAGGAUUAGACAUAGAAGAAAGUCCCGGUUACACAAAUUUGAACUUUUGUCCCAAUUGUGCUCCCAAUGGUUCUCUUAUGGACUACCUAUCCACCAACGUUCCAAGCUCCAAGAACCUGCACGUUCUUCCGUGUUCUCAACAUGGAUGUGCAUCUGUACAUGGCCGCUUUGAAGAGAUCACGUACCAGUUUGAUGAGUCUGAACAAUGUGUUACAGAAGGUGCACCAGGAGCAUCUAGUCAAUCUGAUGGAAUGCAGUACACCGAUAUUUGGGGUCAACACGAUGGACCUGAGCUAAGCUCCGAAGGGUCCCGGGAAAUCCACUCCGACGAUGAACACGAUGAUCAUUCAAACUUAGAAAUGCAUGAGAGCGCGAUUAGCAUGGACAAGAAGAGUAAGUCCAAUGCAAGGAACUCUCUUUCAACAAAUGAGGACUAUGCAAAUGAGGUAAGGCAUGAAUUGAGGUGGCUCAAGGCCAAGUACCAAAUGCAAUUGGGAGAACUCCGUGAUCAACAAUUGGGACUGGUAUUAAAAUCUUCACGUUCAACUCUCAAUUCCGAUAAAAGAGAACAGAAGAGCGAUAGUGGAUCGGUUUCAACCCCCUCAAAGGAAGCGAAGAAUGAGGCUUUACUGAAAUCUUUCACCGCCGGGAAGCAUCACACUCUGUAUUUUCCUGUUGUUGAUGCCAAGAAGAAAUGUUCAGACCGAAGUGCUCACAACUUUGAUUCAGCUUAUGGGUCUUGUAGCCCGGAGCGAAUGGUCACUGCAAAGAGUUUCUAUGCAGGGGAAUUGCUUCCACACUCGCUUCACCGGGCUACUUCUCUUCCGGUUGGUGCAGUAGAUUUCUAGAAUUUUCCGUAGUUAUAUGGGAGAUUCUUUAUCAGUAUACCAAAAAAUAAGGAGAUGGAUAUAGACUUCUUGUGAUGAAGAGCAUAUACAUAUUUGAGGUUUUUACAGCUUGUAGAGGCUCAAGUCCUAGUCAAAAUCAGCUUAGUUAUUAGGUUGAAAAGAGUGAAUGUACAUUGCUCACUAACAUUAUAGUAAAAUGAGCUUUCCCAAAUCUUCCUCUUCUCCUCCAUUGGAUGCUUUAGAUAGAAAGAAGAGAUGCAUUUUUCAAAAAUGUAGAUGGCUGGGAUAAAAUGAACUAUCAGAAAUGUCAGUUUUGGCUGGUCAAACAAGAGGUUUCAGAUUAAAAGGGGGGGAAAAAAAGAAAAGAAAAGAAAAGAAAUGGUUUUAGACCACUUAA